UCCAGGAGACGAGAGAAGAUUGAGGAGAGAGGCUAGAGAGAGAACAGCGGCAAGGAGAGCGAGGGCAGCUGAGGAUAGUGCCAAGACUAGUGUCUCAGCUAGUACAGGUGCAACCAUGGCUACCUCAGCUAUGUCGCAAGUCUCUACACAAUCCACUUCGUCAAGUGUCAGUCAGAGUGGUUCUCAGGUUUCCACUAGCCAGAUUGCUAGCUUGCGAGUCAGCCAGCAAACUCAACUCACGGCGGAGGACUUAGAAAUCCGCCAAGCAGAAGAACUUCAGGAUGAGCUACAUCGACAGUUGAACGAUGCAGCAGAGAGGAGAAGAAAAGCCAUACUUAGGAAGGUUAGACUAGAGAGUAGAAUGCAGGAGCUAGGCAGACUGGAAGCAUUAGAUGAGGCAACUUUAGACCCUGCUGGUCGUGUGCUGCGCAAUGAUGUACUUUCAGUGGCUGAAGCGCAGAACGUCCAACAGGAAUUGUUGGCCGAAUUGGUGGCAGGCCAGAAACAAAUUCUAGCUGAACUUCGGGCUCCUCGCACAAUGGUGAGGCAGCCACAGUUUGCUGUAGUUCCCCCUGUAGGUGCGGGUCCAUCCACGAUGCCGCAACGCACAGGGCAAACUUUCUCUCCUAUGUUUGGCAUACCCCCUCCAGGUGGUUUGGUAGCAACUAGUGGUCCGGUUCAUUCAGUCUCAGCCGUACCAUCCACGACAGUGGUCACUACAGUCCCACUGUCAAGCCAGGCCCAGGUUCUCCUGACGGACUACCUAAGGUGCCUACCUACAGAGGUAAGGACCAAGCUGGUUGAUGAGGCCUAUGUCGAUCAGCACACCUUCGCUUCUUUUAGUAAGAAAGCUCUGGACAUAGAGGCAAAGCUGGGAUCUGCGCACAAGGUAUCCAAUGAUGGUAGGAAGAGACUACCCAACGACUGGAAGAAGAAGGGUCAAUUAAUGUUCGUUGACCACGAUGGUCAAUCGACGGAGAUUGACGACUUCCCAGAUCUUGGGGAGUUUACAGAGCACGAUGGGGCUAGUGAGACUUCAGAUGGCGGAGUCGUGGCACCCAUCAAGGAAAAGGCUAGGGGGGCCGGGAAGAAGAAGGUAGUACGGUCCACAGGUGGCCGCAAGGUUGGCGCCUUCGCAGACAUAGGCUCUACACGAAAUUUCAUCAGUCGUGCUUGUGUGGAUAGACUGCGCUUAGGGGACCAAGUGCAGCGGCUUAGCAGAACUGUAGCUUCUACGCUAGCCAACAAGCACCAAAUGGUUGUAAGGGACUAUGUCGAGGACGUAGCCUGUUCCUUCUCCUAUGGAGGAGGGGAAGUGAUCCUCAAGAUCUCCUUCCUGGUGAGCGACGAACUGCCAUUCAAUAUGCUACUAGGCAUGUACUAUCUCGAAGUCUCGCAACCUCAGUUUGACUGGGAUAGAAAGGUGUUGAUCCACAAAUUGCCCAAUGGUAGAACUGUUAGAUUGCAGAAGUAUAAAGCUAGCAGUCUAAUAGAAAACUACGGGUGUAUGUGUGCCUCAUCCUUCUAUAACUACUAUAAGCAGAAUCAAGAGGAGGGCAUGUAUCUAGUCUUUGUCUUUGAAAAAGGGGAGGCCGUUAAAUCACCCCCAGAGAUAGAAAGAGUCGUCGCACAAUAUUCAGACCUUUUUGAGGAGCCCACAGGCGUGGUGGAAAGGGAGAUUGUACAUGCGAUAGAGAUUGUCCCAGGUAGUAAAGUACCUAGAGGACCAAUCUAUAGGAUGUCUCCCGCGGAGUUAGAUGAGCUUCGCCGCCAGCUCAAGGAGCUCAUAGAGAAGGGAUGGAUACGGCCUAGUACCUCCCCUUACGGUGCGCCAGUGUUAUUUGUCCCAAAAAAGGGAGGUCCAUUAAGGAUGUGCAUUGACUAUAGGGAUUUCAAUGCCAUCACCGUUAAGAACGCGGAGCCCCUACCCCUCAUUGACGACCUCUUGGAUAGAGUGCAGGGAUGUCGGUACUUCACAAAGAUAGAUCUGAAAUCCGGAUACCAUCAAAUCGUCGUUAGACCUGAGGACCAACACAAAACCGCAUUUCAGACCAGGUAUGGUCUGUACGAGUUUGUGGUGAUGCCCUUUGGCCUAUGCAAUGCACCUGGUACGUUCCAGCACGCGAUGAACCGGAUAUUUCACGAGUACUUGGACAAGUUUAUCGUCGUGUACCUCGACGAUAUUCUUAUCUUUAGUAGGACUGUAGAGGAGCACGCCGAGCACUUGAAAACAGUGCUAGGUCUCCUAAGACAGCAUCAGUACAAGGUAAACUUGGAUAAAUGCGAGUUUGGUCGCACCAAGAUCUUGUACCUGGGUCAUGAAAUAUCAGCAGAUGGAUUGAGGCCGGAAGAUGCGAAGGUGGCCAGCAUACGUGACUGGCCCAGACCUCAGACAGUUACUGAGGUCAGAUCGUUUUUGGGGAUGACGGGUUAUUAUCGCCCGUUUGUGAAAAACUAUAGGACUAUAGCUUCCCCAUUAACAUAUCUAACUCGACUUGACACCCCUUGGGAGUGGACUGAAGAGUGUGAGGCAGGCUUCAAGAAAUUGAAGUAUGCUCUAACACACUAUGAAGUUCUCAAACUUCCUGAUCCUGACAAGCCGUUCGUUGUGACCACAGACACCAGCCAAUAUGGCAUAGGCGCGGUCCUUGCGCAACAGGAAGGGCCCAAGUUGAGACCGAUCGAAUAUAUGAGCGAAAAGAUGCCAUCUCAAAAGUUAGCUAAGUCCACGUAUGAGAGAGAGCUCUACGCCCUAUACAGAGCGCUAGUCCAUUGGAGACACUACCUCCUAGGAAGAUUCUUCUAUGUGAGGUCUGACCAUGAGACUUUGCGCUGGAUAAAGACACAGCCUGUGUUGUCAGACGCACUCAAGAGAUGGAUUCAAGUGAUAGACAUGUAUGACUAUCAACUUGAUCCUAUCAAGGAUAUUGUAGGGGAUCAACCGGAUGGGCCUUCAUACGUGAUUCGCAUCCCUGCACACUUACGGACUUAUCCUGUUUUCCGUGCAUCAAAGCUGGCACCUUUUGCUGCCACAGACCAAUUCCCCUCUCGGAGAUCAAUGCUGGGCCCAACCAUGGAUGGCGAAGUGGACAUUGACCAGAUCGUCGAGCAUCGAGUGAUGCCUGUUCCUCGACCAUCAGGCAGAGGGCGACCUCCCAAACCGAGAAUGCAGUAUCGGGUGAGCUUCAGACAUCACCUCGAUCCCAAGGAAGAUCGCUGGUUCACACGGGAAGAACUCAUGAGAACAGCACCUCAAGUGAUUGCAGGCUAUGAAAGAGAACGGAAAGGGAAGAUGCCUGCAGAAUAAGAGACUUCUCAGAGGACUCACGAAGUUAAGGAGGAGGGAAUGCGAGGAUCAGUGUCCUCGGUAGGCCUACGGGGCCCUAUCUGCAGCCUUACCCGC